AUGACAACGAUCGCCCCUACGCCUAGCAGGUGGGUGACAUGGAUGCGCGAUCUGUUUAACUCGGGCAAGCCACCUCCGCUCGGGACGCUGGACCUAGACGAGAUCGAGGAAAGGGCGAAGAAGGUUCUCACAGAGGCCAGCAGUCCCUGGGCGUACUGGAGCGUGAAGACCGGUGCUGGUCUCGAAUGGACACAAGAGGACAAUCACGCAGCGUUCAGAAAAUGGAAGCUGAUUCCGAGGGCCCUAGUAAACGCCGGGGUGCGCAAUCUCGAGACUGAGUUAUUUGGAAUCAAAUACCCCUCGCCAGUGCUUGUCGCGCCUGUGGGCAAUCAAGGAAUGGUCCAUCCGGAGGCAGAGCUUGCCACUGCACGCGCCGCGGCCAAAGUCGGUGUUCCUCUCGUAUUGAGUAACGGGUCCACCAGAUCACUUGAGGACAUCGCAGCGGCCAAUGGGCCUGGCGGGCGACGCUGGUUCCAGCUGUACUGGCCACGCACGGAAGAGAUCUCGAUCUCGAUCCUCUCUCGCGCAAAGGCAAACGGGUUCUCCGUGCUCGUGAUCACCGUCGACACGAUGAUGCGUGGUUGGCGCCCGUACGACAAUGGGACGCCCUAUCUGCCUGCUGCGCACGGCUUCGGCGUCUCUACAUUGCUUGCCGAUCCCGUAUUCAUGGCGCGGCAUGGGCUCGAGCCCCGGCACGAGCAGCCUGCCUGGCCGUUUGUGCAGGACGACCUCAGAGCGGCGGCGGCGGCAGGCGAUGCGAAGGCACAAGAAGCGAUCAGGUUCGGUGCAGAGUGGGGGAAGGAAAUGUUCUGUGGUGCAUUUAGGACGUGGGAGGAUCUCGAGGUCAUCAAGAAGCUUUGGGAUGGACCGGUCGUUCUGAAAGGAAUAUUGGCUGUCGAUGAUGCAGAGAAGGCAAUCGACAUCGGUGUAGAUGGGAUUGUUGUGUCCAACCACGGUGGUCGUCAAGUCGAUGGCGCGAUCCCUGCAUUGGAUGCGCUUGCCACAAUAAUGGCGUCCAAGAAGGUUCUGACAGCACAGCGAACAGGCAAGAUGGCAAUUUUGUUCGACUCAGGGAUCCGAACAGGAAGCGAUAUCAUCAAGGCUUUAGCGUUGGAAUGCAAGGUGCUAAACCCGUCCCUUCCGCUCGGGCAAGUCGGGAGACCCUUUAUGUAUGGGCUGGCAAUUGCUGGUGAUGUGGGUGUGGAGCAGAUUCUCAUGCAGACGCUGUGCGACCUGGACAUAACACUUGGUCUUUGUGGACUUUCUGAUGUAAAGGACCUCGUGGGGCAACACGAAAAGGUCCUUAUCAAGUCCUGA